CGGUGACGAUAUAAAGCAAGGGUAUCUCUGCGUGUCUCAGUCUGUCUUGAGACGUUGGAAGGAAGUCCCACAGAGCCUCCGUUGAUAUGAAGGUUACGCUCCUCGUCCUCCUUGGCCUGGCCGCCCUCGCCGCCGCCCGCCCCGAUGAGAUCCUUGACUUCGAGGGCGACGACGCCGAGCACGACCAGGAGGGCGAGCCAGGCAAGGCCGUCACUGGCGAAUACAUGUGGGAGAGCCCCGAGGGCAUCGAGUUCGUGGUGAAGUACAUCGCCGACGACAAGGGCUUCCGCGUCCUCGAGUCCAACGCCGUGCCCUCCGCCGGCGGCGUCCGCGCUGACGGCGAGCAGGCCGACCUCGAGGGGGACGAAGACGACGACGACAAAUAGAGAGAGGGAAAAAGAAACGAGACAAGGAAGAAGAACGGAAGAGACAAGAAAACACAGAAAUGAUAGCGAGGCGAACUGACCCUUGAAAAACAGGCCGAAUGUAUAUCAUCACCUUUAAUAUUUAUUAUCAUUAAAUGAAUUAUAUCU